AUCACCCAACAAUGUCAGAGAAAGCUGAACUUGGCCUCGCCAUGGCAAAAGGCGCUCGAACGAGAGAGAACAAUAGCAGCAGACGCAGCAGCAGCUCUCACAAUGACAGCGACAUGGACAGCUGCAGCGACAUGGACAAUGCCGACAACAAUUGCAAUGACACCAAUAGCAACAACAACGACAACGAGCUCGAGAUAGAGGUUGGCCCACGCUUGCACCAUCCUCAGCCCUCCCAUCUCUUGCAGCCCUCCAUGUUGAGCAGCCUCAUCAACGACGUCAACUUCGACAACAUUUCCACUGCCUCAACUGUCUCCUUCUCGAACGCCGCCAAUCCUGGCAGCGACUUGACCAACAAAAAUCUUUCGCACCUUACUACCUCUAACUUAAAUCUCAACAGCAAAAAGUAUUUUUCCUCCACUGCUGCUUCUAUUGCUUCCACUGAUGCAAUUGACUUGUUGAACCAACAGAAUUCCAACACAACUUUGAAUUCCAUGAAUAAUAUCGAUACCGUUAACGGUAACAGUGACAAUAUCAACAAUAUCAAUAAUAUUACCGAAAUAAACAAUAUGAAUAACAACUUGAGCUUGUCCAACAACCAUUUGUCCACGACUGUUAACAAUGAUUGGUCCAACAUCUCCUUACCCACUUCAAGACCCUUAUCAAGAGCUUCGAAUACUUCUGGCAUCUCAGUGACUGCAGCCAAAGAUGGUAUUGAAGGAAAGAGAAUUCACAGGUAUAAUAAUCUAGGACACCAUAACAACCCCCAUUUUCCUUUUUUGCACACAAAUAUUCAAAACCAAAACAUCAACCAAAAUAUAUCUCCACUUUUAAACUCGGCAAAUAACAAAAAUCCUUCUCAUAAAAAGUCAAGCUCUUUAUCAACUAAUUUGUCAAGCCAAAAUCAAAACUCAAAUUUAAAUCAAAUUCCAAACCAAACUUCAAACCAAAAUCAGAACCAGAAUCAAAAUAAUUACCAAGAAUAUCUUUCUGAUAUCGAAAUGGAUAUUGAUAAUAAUUCAAUUACUUCUUCGAUUCCAACAAACUCCAACAUUCAAAUUCCUAAUAUUAAUUUGAUUGAUAAUCAAAAUAAUCAAAAUAAUCAAAACAAUCAAAUAUCACAAAAUAAUCAAAAUCGAAACGCUUUUUAUUUAUCAAGUCAUUCAAAAGAUUUACCUGUUUCCUUGAAUGAAAAAAUCAACUUAUUUAAAUCAACAAAUUCUUUAAAUUCUCAACAAAUCCAUUCUUCAAGUACAAACAUGAAUCUUAUUAAUAAUAAUCAAAAUAAUCAAAAUAUCAAUACUAUCAAUAAGGCGUCCUUUUUUUCACCAAACAAUCAACAAUUCCAUCAACAAUUUUUGAUUAGAAGAUCGGGAUCAAACUUGACUUUAGGUGGCAUAAGUGAUGAUGUUUCAAUUGAUGAUUAUCCAAGAUAUUAAGCAUUUUAGCAAUUAAGUUUGUUUUAUUAUUUUUUUUAUUUUUUUUCAUUUAUUUUGUGUUUAUUAAUUUAAUUAUUGAUUUUUGUUUGAUUUGUGAUUUUUAUGGGUAAACUAUUGUUCUUUCGUUAUUAUGU